CCGGACAGGUCUCUGGCCGCUGCUUGUUGCAUGGGAAAAGAAGCGGCGGCGGCGGGACGCCAGCCUCCACCGCCAGGGGUGGUGGGGGGGAAGCAGCUCCUUCGAGAAGGCUUCCAGAAGCCGACGACCUCCGUGGGUUUAGCCGACCGACCGAACGGCCGGCCGGCGGGCCGGCAAGCCGGUCCGGUGGCGAACCGUACGCCCACCUGCUACUUCUGUCGGGCUACCGUCGUCUCUGGUGUCCUCUUCCGGCUUCCAGAAGAAGGACUCCGCCGGCUUCGAGAAACGAAUAGGAGACCACUGCAGUCGGCAGGAAGCGUCACAAACCUCCCAGCCCAAGCAACUACGUUAACAAAAGCUAAUUAAAUUAUGGGACUUUAAGUGUCAGAACCACAACCUGAUUAUGAGGGACGCCGUAGUGGGUAGUUCGGAAUAAUUAUGACCACCUAGGGUUCUUCAACGUGCACCUAAGUACACGAGCAUUGUUGCGUAUCGCGCUCAUCCAAAUGCGGCCGCCACA